ACUAAUUAGUAAUUUGAAUUUCAGAAACUGGUUCUAUAACCCACAUUAAUUUGAUUAUCUUAAAACUAGUUAUGUAUUCAUCAUGGGAUAAUGAUAUAUUGGGAAACUCGAAACCAAUGAGUAAUUCUUAUACGAAAAAUGACCGGAAUUUUGAUAAUUGUCAGUUUGAGGAUUCUAAUAAUUCCUCAUAUGUCAAUAAUAGAGAAAUCAAGUCAAAUAAACAUAAACAGAUGGACGAUAGAAUGAAUAAUGAUCUAUUUACCUUAUUUAUAAAUAAAAUACCAACGGAAUGGACAGAGGAUGAUUUGAGAAAGGUAUUUUCUGAAAUUGGAAAUGUUAUAAAAGUUCGUAUUAAGCCUGCAAAACAACCUGAUUGUCAACCAUUUGGGUUUAUAUCAUAUAAGACUGAACAAGAGUGUUAUGCAGCCAUAGAUCUUUUGAAUAAUAAAAUUUGUGAAUCUUGUAAGCCAUAUCCAAGAUUAAGAGUCGAAAUUUCAAAAUCAAAAAAUGAUGAAGCUACUUCAAGAGAAACUACUUCAUUUCCAACAGAAACAAUAAGCUUAAAUGACACAAAUUCUAUUGACAAAUUAAAUUUGAAUCCUGGUAAAAAAUACUGCUUUAGGGCACAAACAUGUGAUACUAAGGUUUUUUUAUAUGGAAAUAUAAAAAAUCCAAAUGAAAUACUACAGAAAUUGAAUAUCAAGUCUCCUAGUGAAAAUAAACUUAAUAAUUUAAAAAAUAAUGAAAUGAUUGAUUACAAUAGCAAUAGUCUAAAUCCACAAAACAUGAUCAUGGAACAGCCAUUCAAUGGGUAUCAAAAUUUAGCAAGAAAUAACCCUCAAGAAUAUCCACCCCCAUCGCUGAACAUCAACAAUUGUUUUUUUUGUGUGAAGCCUGCUUUAUUUACUGCUACCUGCUGCAACAAAGCCUUUUAUUGCAGCCAAUCUUGCAAUUAUUCUGACUGGAGUCGGCACAAACGAUUUUGUCCAAACUUCUUUCCAGAAUUAUCCAACGGGGUAUUUCCCAAUGGGAUCUUUUCCAACGCCAAUCAGUUUUCCAAUUAUAAUCGAUGUAUAGAGGAUGUUCAUCCACAAGUCAAUCGAGAUAGAUUGGUAAAUUAUUCUUCUGAUGGCAUGGGAAAUAAAGAGCUACGCGUCAUGGUUCCUAAUAAUACAGCUCAAUCUUCUCAAAAUGCUGCAAGAUUUCCGCCCACAAGGGAACCUUCCUAUACUGAUAAUAAUAUGGAGGCCCCAGUGAAAAAUAGAAAUGUUUCUUCUAAAGCUGACUAUAAAGGGGGGGAGGCUGACUGGCCUGAAUACAAUAACGAUGAUGCUAAACCAUAUUUUAGAAAUAGGAAUUACAGCUCGAAUUUCCAGGAAACUAAAAGGUUUGAACCCAAAAGAAACGACAUGGAGAGUUCCACCAAUGAAUGGGACAAUGGUUUUGAGCAAAAAGAUUUUAACUCUAAUGAAGUCGCGUUAGACGGAUUUCCCGCUUACCCGGGUGCCGGUAGAUCCCAAGCAGGAAAUCGAAGUCAGUUUGAACCCAGAAAUGAUUUUGGCAGUGCACGUCCCUCACGUUUUAACAAUAAUAACGACGAAAAAAGAAAGGAAGGAAAUAAUCAAGAUAGUAGAGAUGGCAAUAAUUUUUCUGGCAGCAGUGGAUUUAGGGGAAGAGGAAGGGGCAGAGGCGGCUAUAAUCGUGGAGGUGGAAACUCUUUCAAAGGUGACUAUAAUAGAAAUCAAUUGUCUAGAAAUGAUGAUGUGGGUUUUGGGGAUAGUAGCAAUAACAAUGAUGGGUUUGAUAAUGGUGAUGGAUGGGCAACUGGUUUCAAGUCUCAACUACAUAAAGAAACACCUAAUAAUAAUGCUGCUGAUGCUAAUCCUUGGGGAAGUGGUUCCUGGGGGGAAGUUAUAAAGGCUCAGCCAUCUCAAGAAACAACUAGCUCUAAUGUUGAUGAUGCUAACCCAUGGGGAAGUGGUGGUUGGGGAGAAAAUAGAAAGGCUCAAGAAAUCCCUAGUUCUAAUGUUGGUGAUGCUAAUCCACUGGGAAGUGGUGGUUGGGGAGAAAGUAAAAAGAAUGUUGAUUCUGACUGGGGCUCAGAUGCAAUAAAUAAGGAUUCUGAAGAGAAAUUGGAGGCAGUUAGUAAUGCAGAAGUAAAAGCUGAAAUAUUAUCAAUCAGCGAUGGAUUAUUAGGAGACAUUACAGAUACAAUUCCGACCUCUUGGACACAAGAAGAAUUGAACAGCCAUUACACCGAUUACAAUGUUAGGAAGAAACAAACUGUUGUUGAAGAUUUAGAGGAAAAUGACGAUCAAAAUGAACAGAGUAAAUGGAACAAUCAAGAUACUCCUACUCUAAUGACUGAAUUAGAAAUCACCUUCAACUCCGAUUCUCUGCACUUGUCUCCUACAUUAGAUGAUGAAAUUAUUGUAAAUAACGGAUCUAAUACUAUAACUAAGUUGGUAGAGGAUUAUACCAGUAAUACUUCGCCACUUGAAAAUGAAUCUCCAACAUCGCUGGUUCACAUAAUUGAAGAAACAUUUGCCCAAAGUAAUGUACAUGAACAGUUGAGUGAUAAAUUUACCAGAGCAACCGUUAUAAACAAUGCUGAUGAAAUUAAACCCAUUGAUACCUCAAAUGAAGGAUUUGAUAAUAAUACCAAAACAGGGCAUUUGGUUGAUGAGAGUGUUAUAUCGCAAAAUCAAGAUGAUUGUUGUAACACAAUUCAAGAAAAUAAUAGGGUCAGUGAUUUUGACUUGAUCAAUAAAUUAGUGUUUGAUAGAAUUGCAAAUUAUUGCCAAAUAAAUAAAUCGAUAACCAGAGGUAAAACAUUUUAUCAAGAUGGUGUUCCAAUAGGCCCAAUCAUGGAUAUCGGGACUAAAACAGUUCGUGAGAGUCCCUGCCGAGGCAUGGAUAGAUUUAAAAACAGCAGUAUAUUUUUUCAGCGUUUGUUAGCCAAGUUCUCAGUUUUGGAAAAACAUGGUCAUACAAAAGACUGUUGUCUCAACGAAUUGCCAGUUAGUGAAAAGUGUGAUAAGGUUGCUCAUGAAGAGCACGAUGAUUUUAAAUCAGCAUAAUUAUCCUUUAAUAAAUUAUUGGAUGAUACACAAACUCAAGAUUAUCAUGAAUGUAAAUCCAGUACAGGAUGGGAUUGAAAUUUAUGAAUUUUUACAAUAUCAAAAAUUGUUUUUUAAGUUGUAUUUUUUACGAUGUUUAAAUUGAAUAUCCUUUUUAUUUUUAUGUAAAUUACAUAUUUUUUAAGAAAUUUAUGAAUAUUUUUUAAAAUGAUAUUACCUGGUGUCAUUUAAGUUUGCAAUUAAAAUCAAAUUAAAUAGAUAUAUAAAAUAACCUAUAGUUUAUAACAUAUUACCAUGAUAU